CCUGUGGCAACGCAUUGUGUCCUGGCCAAAGCCAGCCAUUAUACUCUGUCGUCAUGUCUUCAAGGCCGCCUUCACCGCCAUUGGGUAAAAAGUAUCUUACCAACUCUUUGGAACGUCUUCAAGUGGUACGCGACGAGAUGUCGGACUGGUCAAGCGCGUUUACGCUUUUAGACACCAUGGAAACGUAUUUCGACUCCCAUGUCGAUCUCCUUCAACGCAAGCUACAGAAACACGGCGAUAGGCUCAAGCUCAAGGCGGAAGUGACAUUUAAAAUGCGCGACAUUUCGGGCGACAUGUUGGCAGAGAAUUUUGAACGCGAGUUCAAGAACUUCAAGCUCAAGAUAUCAACCCGCAUGGCAUCGUUGUCGAACUCAUGGCAGUCGGCAAAAGUCGUUCGGACUCGUGAAAAAGUAUCAUUCUUCUUCGGUGUCAUGUCGCUGCUAUUUUCGGCCCUUAUGUUUGGUCUUGCUCCCCAAUGGGUGCACAUUGCGUACACCCUCCAAUGCUGUUAUCUUCUACCCUGGCGCGCCUACACGUACAAGAAACGCGCGUGGCACUACUUCCUUUUCGACUUUUGCUAUUACGCCACCAUUCUUAACCUCAUCUUUAUAUGGUUCUUUCCCUCGAAUCCUGCCCUUUUUGUGGCAUGCUAUUGUAUCUCUCAAGGUACACUCGGAAGUGCCGUCGUUACAUGGAGAAAUAGUCUCGUGUUCCAUGACCAGGACAAGGUAACAUCACUCUUCAUCCACAUCUAUGCUCCUUUUACAUUUACCGUUAUACGACAUUAUUACCCCAACGCGGAAGAACGUUUCCCAGCUCUUGCUGAAUUGCCGCAUCUUGAUCGGAUGAAGGCCAUUCUGUUCAGUGGUGGACUUUAUGUCAUCUGGCAACUUUUAUACUGGAAGUUUGUUUUGGUAGAUCGCAGAGACAAGAUUGAAUCCGGCCAGCGAACAACGUCGUUCUCCUUCCUGUUGAACGAGAAACGCGGUGUUAUUGGUCGUGCCUUAUCUUCAAUUCCCCAAGGAUACCGCGAAGCGGUGUUUAUGGGUGGGCAGCUCGUCUACACCGUUCUGACAGAAGUACCCGCCGUAUUUCUCCUUUACGAUAGCUCGUUCUGGAGUGGCAUAUACCUUAUCCUCAUUUUUUCAGUCAGCGUAUGGAAUGGUGGCGGAUUUUACAUUGAGGUUUUCGGGCGGAAAUUCGAGCGGGAGCUUGAAGCCCUACGGAAGGAAUUGGCAGAGACGACAGCUAGAUCUGGUCGAUCGAGUCCAACCAGUGUAUGCCGUGCGUCAAGUGAGGAUGAUGACGCCUCAUCUUCAUCCGACACUACACCCGUGCUCUCAUCGAAUGCAUCCUUACCCCCCGACGAGUCUACCCUCAGUGGUGAUUCAAUACUACUGUCGUCACCUCAAUCGAAGAAAUCCCAAUGAUAAAGGGUUUCCAUGCACUUGUCUGCAUUUUUACGACAUUUAUGACAUGUUAUUUCAUACAUAUGAUACAUCCAUCUGGGCUGCUUCUGGUCCUUUUACAUACCUGCAUAAUUGUAUAUAUACUAAACUUCGAUUUUGGAAUGGAUGCAGGGACUAGACCUGUUAUACACGCAAAUUAGAGCUGGAGCGUAAACGAAUACAUUUAAAGAUUUGCCAUCACGACGUUUUGCCUGCAGAGUACUUGUGGACGCACUCAAAGAACCAUUGAACGUCCUUGGGAUCAACACCAGGUGUAAUGCCAUGUCCAAGGUUCGCAAUCCACCCUUUGGGACCUCCGAAAGCU